AUGAAAGAACGCGCUAAAGAAGCCACCACAAAUGCUGAGAAGAUUGUGCAACCUGUUGAAGAGUGGCUGAAUCAUGUGCAGAAGAUUCUUGAAGAUGCGCAAAGGCUGGAAGAAAGGGUGGAAGAAAGCCAAUGCUGUUUGAACAUGACAUUUAAGUAUUCUCUGGCAAAAGAGGUGAUAUUCGUUACACAACAAAUGAACCUGCUCAAUAACAAUAACAAAUUUGAGCCAUUUUCACACCCCAUUGACCUCUCAAGCAUGAGUUACUUCUUUCCCAAAGACUUUGUGGCAUUGGAUUCUAGGAAGCCAGUUUAUGAAGAUCUACUGAAGGCAAUCCAAGAUGAGAGGAUCAAUGUGAUUGGAGUAGUUGGCAUGGGAGGUUCAGGUAAAAGCACUUUAGCAAGAGUGGUGGGAAAGCAAGUAGAGGAGUCAAAGUUUUUUGACAAGGUGGUUAUGACAAUUGUGUCUCAAGAUGUCAAAGUGAGAGAUAUUCAAGGUCAAAUAGCUGAUCACUUGACUUUUUCAUUAAUGGAAGAGACAGAACUUGGCAGGGCACUACGGUUAUCUCAAAGGUUAAAGACUGAGAAGAUUCUCAUCAUCUUUGAUGGUGUAUGGGAGAAGCUGGACUUGGAAGCUAUCGGGAUUCCAUUAAAUGAGAAUGACAAGAGAUGUUGCAUCCUCCUCACUACGCGCUACCAAGAAGUUUGCACUUCAAUGAAUUGCAAAAGCAUGAUUGAACUCUCUAUGUUAAAUGAAGAUGAAGGUUGGACUUUGUUCAAGCAACAUGCACAAAUAGACGAGGAUUCUCCUGAAGACUUGAGAGAGGUGGCAAAGAGAGUCUUUGGCAAAUGUCAGGGACUGCUUUGUGCCAUCUUGACAGUGGCAAGCACUUUAAAGGGAAAGACUUGUACAGGCUGGGAAUUGGCAUUAUCAAGACUAGAAACUUCUGAAUCAAUUGAUGUUCAAGAGGGCUUGACAAGUACCUAUGAAUGCAAUGAACUAGAGGAAAUAAUUUGCUUGGAUUCAAAGGAUGCAGGGCAACUUAGAUACCUGUAUUCGCCUUCACAACCAAUUUUCCCCAAGCUAAGGAAAAUCUUAAUCAAAGGAUGCAACAAAUUGAGAAAAUUAUUCUUCACAAGCAUGGUUUCAAGCCUACCAGAGUUGAGAGAGCUGUCUGUACACAAUUGCAAUGAAUUGGUGGAAAUUAUUUCUUCAGAGGAAGCUACACAAUUCCCAAACCUUUCUUUUCCAUCACAACAAGUUUCUUUCCCCAAUUUGGGGGUGAUUGAGAUCAAAGGAUGCAACAAAUUGAAAACAAUCUUCCUUUCAACCAUUGUUUCAAACCUAUCAGAGUUGAGAGAGUUGUCUAUAUGUGACUGUAACAACUUGGAGGAAAUAAUUUCUGCUGAUUCCGUGAAAGCAUGGAAUCAUAGAAAUGUAACCGCUCCUUUCCCACAUUUUUUCCCCAAAUUGUGUAGGAUUAGCAUUGAGAAUUGCGACAAAGUGAAAACAUUCUUCUCUGCUACCACAGUUCUAUGUCUACCUGAGUUGCAACAGCUAGUUGUGAAGGACUGCAACAAAUGGGAGGAAAUAAUUUUUUUAGAUUCAGAUCAAGCAGGACAAUUUAGAAACCUAUAUCUUCUUCACAAACAAGACUGUUUCCCCAAACUAAGAAGCAUCCAGAUUGAAAGAUGCAACACAUUGAAAACAAUCGUCACUGAUGCAAUUGUUACAAGCCUACCAGAGUUGCUUGAGUUGAUUGUAAAGGACUGCAACAAAUGGGUGGAAAUAAUUUCUCUAGAUUUAGAGCAAGCAAGAGAAGUUGGAAACCUGUCUUCACAUUCAAAACAAAUUUGUUUCCCGAAACUGCAGAGGAUUGAGCUUGAAAGUUGCAAAAGCUUGAAAACAAUCUUCUCCACAACUAUUGUUACAAGCCUUCCAGAGUUGCAACAACUGGUUGUAAAGAACUGCAAUGCAUUGGAGGGAAUAAUUUCUUUAGAUUCAGACGAAGCAAGACAACUUAGAAACUUAUCUGCCUCUUCCCAAAUGGUUUAUUUCCCCAAAUUGAAGACGACUGAGAUUGAGAAAUGCAUGAAAUUGAAAGCAAUCUUCUCUACAGCCAUUGCCACUAGCCUACCAGAGUUGGAGCAAUUGAUUGUAAAGGAUUGCGAUGAAUUGAAGGAAAUAAUUUCUUUAGAUUUAGAUGAAGCUGGAGAACAUAAAAACUUGGCCGUUCCUUUCCAAAAUGUUUUCUUUCCUAAACUGAAAUGUAUUAGGAUUAAAAGAUGCUGCAGAUUUAAAAGAAUGUUCUCUGCAAUCAUUGUCAGCAUCCUACCAGAGUUGGAACAGCUAGUUGUCAAGGACUGCAAUGAAUGGGUUGAAAUAAUUUCCUUAGAUUCAGUGGAUGCAGGACAACUUAGAAACCUAUCUGCUCAUUGUCAACAAGUUUGUUUCCGCAGGCUGAGGAAGAUUGAGAUCGAAAGAUGCAACAAAUUGAAAGCAAUCUUCUCUGCAACCCUUGUUACAAGACUGCCGAGGUUGGAGAUUCUAAUUGUGAUGGACUGCAAUGAAUGGGAGGAAAUAAUUUCCUUAGAUUGUGAUAAAGGUGAAAACAGAAACCUGUAUUCUUUUUCCCAACAAGUUUGUUUUCCCAUGUUGUUUGAAAUUAACAUUCAAAGUUGCAACAAAGUAAAAACAAUCUUCCCUGCAACCAUUGCAAGCCUACCGGAGUUGUGGCGAGUAGUUAUAAAGGACUGUAAUGAAUGGGAAAAAAUUAUAUCUUUAGAUUCAGAGGAAGCAAGACAUCUUCAAACCACAUCAGCUUCUUCCCAGCAAUUUUAUAUCCCCAAGUUGGAAAUUAUUUCUAUUGAAAAUUGCAAUAAAUUGAAAACAGUUUUCUGCACAACCUUGGCUACAAGCCUAACAGGGUUGAAUCAUCUUGAUGUUAAGGACUGCAAUGAAUUGGAGUAUAUAAUUUCUUUACCUUCAGAGGAAGCAGGGCAACUUGGAAACAUAUCUGCUCCUUCUCAACAAGUAUUUUUCCCCAAACUAGGAAGUAUUUGGAUCUUAGGAUGCAACAAAAUGAAAACAAUCUUCUUUGAAAACACUGUUGCAAGCCUAUCAAGCUUGAAAUCCUUGUUUGUAGCCGACUGUGACAAUUUGGAGGCCAUAGUUUCUCCAUAUUCAAUGGAAGCAGAACAUAGACACCUAUCAUCUCCUCCCCAUCAAGUCUUUCUCCCAGAAUUGGAUAAUAUUGUGAUUGUGGGGUGCAACAAAUUGAAAACUAUUUUCUUCAAAACCAUUGUCUCAAGCCUACCAGAGUUAAAAAGGCUAUGUGUUUCUAAUUGCAACAAACUGGAGGAUAUAAUUUCUUCUGAUUCUAAGGAAUUAGAACCACUUAGAAACCUAUCAACUCCCCAGCAAGUUUAUUUCCCCAAACUAAAUAGCAUUGCCAUCCAAAAUUGCAACAAGUUGAGAAAACUUUUCUCCUUAACCAUUGUUGGAAGCUUGCCAGAGUUGGGAAGUCUGAAUGUGGAUCAAUGUAAUGAAUUGGAAGAAGUACUUUCCUUUGAUUCAGAGGAAGCAUCACAAGUUGAAAACUUAACUGCUCUCUCCCAACAAGUUUGUUUCCCCAAACUCAGCUUCAUUUGGAUCAAAGAGUGCAACAAAAUGAAAUUCAUUUUCUCUUAUUCCAUGGCCUGUCAUUGUCCUUCCCUGCAUUCACUAGGCUUGGAAUCAUGCUCUCAGCUUAAACAGAUUGUUAAAUUUGAACAUAAAGGUACAAGUGAAGAAGGUGGUGGAGGUAUGGUUAUUGAUGAUGAACAUAGGAAGCAUUUAUUAUUUCCAGAUCUGCAUUGGCUACACCUCAAAAAGUUGCCAACUCUCAGUUGGAUUUUCCCUUGGUUUGAAUUUCAAUAUGGUCCUCUAUCCAACAUUGGUAUCUUGACUAUAGAAGAUUGCCCUAAAUAUUUGAUGUCUUCUGUUUCAACUUAA